AUGGACGGAGCCUGGGUCUACCUGGUGACAGGAGGAUGUGGCUUUGUGGGGGAGAGGAUUGUGGAGCUCCUGUCUCAACAAGACUACAUCAAAGAAGUCAGAGUUUUUGAUUCAGUAGCACGAGAAGAAGUAGAAAAAUUCAGCACAGCUCCCACUCGUGUGACAGUGAUGAGAGGGGACAUCCGAGACCCCAACGCGCUCCUGGCUGCCAUGAGGGGGGUGCACGUGGUGCUGCACACAGCGGCUGUGGUGGACUACAGGGGCACGGUGCCCUUCUGGGAGAUGAGAGCUGUCAAUGUCGGGGGAACUGAAAAUGUGGUAAGGGCCUGCUGUGCCCUGAGCAUCCCAUACCUGCUCUACACCAGCUCCAUUGCUGCCGUGGGACCCAACACCUCCUGUGAGCCCCUGCUCAGGGGAAAUGAGGACACUCAGUACACUGGGGAAGUGGAGCUGCCCUAUGGGAAGACAAAAGCCAUGGCAGAAAAAAUUGUGCUUGAAGCCAACGGAGCAAAGCUGAGCAAUGGUGGCACACUCAGAACCUGCAUCCUCCGUGCCAACACCGUGUAUGGGGAAAAGGCAGGGUUCCUGCAGGAGCUGUACUUGCUUGCCAGGGCCAGGAGGGGUGUUCUGAACUACCUGGAGCCCGAGGACACCGAGAGGAAUCACACCUACGUGGGGAAUGUGGCUUGGAUGCAUGUCCUUGCAGCAAGGCACCUGCAGCUGAAGGCAGAGCUGCUGGCAGGACAGGUGUAUUACUGCUAUGAUGACACCCCAGGCAGGAAGGGUUUCCUGGUCAGGCACCAGCUGCUCUCCAGCGCAGACCCCUCAGUGAAGCUGGGCUCUCACAUCCCCUACUGGAAGAUGUGGUUGAUGAUACAGCUGCACAGGAUCAUCAGGGCCAUCCUGUCCCCUUUCUGGAGGCCACAGCCUUUCCUCAACGUGCCCCUGCUGAACACCAUAGUCACCACCUUCUCCUUUGAGACAGACAAGGCCUCCAGGCAUUUUGGGUACAAGCCCCUCUUCACGUGGCAGGAGAGCAGGCUCAGGACUGCACAGUGGCUGAAAGCAGCUGCAGGGAGCUUGGGACCCCCCCAGCUGCAGGAAAAGAAGAACUGA